AUGAUAUCAAAUCUUCCACAACCUCUUAUUCUUGCAAUUUUCCAUGAUGUUGAAACAUAUGUCCCAGGAAAGGCAGGUUCAAGAGGUGUGUUCAUUAUUGGAAGAGACAACGGAAAUUUCUUUUUUAAGUGGGCCCAAUAUUCCGAAGACAGAAUAAGACACGAACAACUGCGCGUUACAUCUUCUCCAGGUAGUACGCGCACAUCUGUUAUGUAUCGCCAUCAAAUCUACUUACAAGCAUCGCAAAUACAAAAAUUAAUUGUCACUCCGCAACCGCAUUGCAUGGAUAUGCUUAUAUCCACAUUACAUCCACCAGAAAUGUAUCAAUUUCAAUUCAAACAAAACCCUAUGGAAUCAUGUUUACAGUUUUUACAAGUUAUUGCGAUCAAUUCCGCCAUUGGUGGCGAAAAUGAUUUAUCAUCAGAUGUAUGGCGAACAAUUACACACAAUAAUGCUCAAGUUUUCCCAUCAUUUUCAUCUUUAGCACGUGUUUACAUUAUUCCAUGCGAAGAUGGUAAAUUUAAUGUUCCUUUCAUACAAGUUUCCAUAUCAAACCAAUCAGUACCAUUCGUUGACGAGAUUACCAAAGCUCAAAUCGCAACACAAUUCGGAAUAGAUGGUGCAUCUUUUACAAAUGCUCCAUUUACGAAGGCAGACUACGAUCAUAUCGUUGGCUCAUCCAUCAGUUUCAACGAUAUUCGCAUGCAAGCUUCCAGAAGAGGCAUUGAUACUGAUCUUCGACCAUUAUUAUGGCCACAGCUUCUCGGAGUGCUUCCAUUUGCCAAGGAAAUCGAAUCAGUGCUCGAUCAGCGUGUCGAUGAAUACAAAUUGGUCAAGUAUCAGUGGGAAUCAAUGUCAUCAUUCCAAUUAACUCACCGUCCUGAACUCAGAUCGGCAUAUCAGACCAUCAGGAUGGAUGUUAAGAGAACUCAUCUACCAGAAGGCUCAAAUGAACAAGCAAUUAAGCCUAUGAUGGAAAAUAUUCUCAAAACAUAUGCAAUUUGGAACUACGAUGUACGAUACACACAAGGAAUUAAUGAUGUAGUUCUUCCUUUCCUUCUUGUUUUCUACAAUUCCAAGCUUUAUACAGAUGAUCAAGUUGAAGCUCUUGGUUUUUGGUGUUUCGCAAGUUUUGCGGAGAAAAUCAACAGCUCACUCAUCGAAGGCAGCAUGGAUGGAGUCACAAACAUCGAUCUCCAGUUAGUUAUUGAGUUACUUGGCACUCACGAUCCGAAAGUUAAAGAAUGGAUUAUAAAAAGUGACAUGCAAGACAUGAAUUUUGUUGUUUCUAGUUUCAUGUUAGCAUUCAAGCGGUCACUUGACGAACCGAACCUUGAGCGUGCCUGGGAUUCAGCGAUGUGCAGUGAUUCACCACAUACAUUUAUUAUUUGUUUCUGUGCUGCAUUGAUCAUCUUUUGUUAUCCAGCUUUUUCAAGAAUCGAAAACUGCUCAACACCACAGAUUCUUCCUAUUUGCGACAAGAUAAUGAGGAGACAACCAAUAGGAAGUGUCGUUGGUGUUGCUCUGGAGAUAGAAAGUACUGCUCCAAGACCAGAAAAAAGAAUUGUUGCAAACGAAUUUUAUUCGAUGCCAAAUAUCGAAACAGACUUCUUCAACUUCAUUUCUCCUUCACUUCCUAACUUGUUCUCUUAA